AGGUGUACUGUACUCUAGUUGUACUAUUUGCAGUCACAACUCCUUUUUUGCGCUUGCAUGACAAUUUCAACGCUGCCUGUACAUUUGAGCAUCAUGAUGUCAACUUUGCCUCGCUCAUUCGUAGCGUGCAUGCCUGCGCGCGUGUUUUGUCUUGGGUGGGCCGACACUUCCUGCACAUUGGCCAUCCAAAGUGGGCUGCCGCCUCCGACCACUUUGAACUUCCUGCCUUCAUUCACCUCCCUGUGGACUUGUGCCAGGCUGUCUUAAAAGACUUCAUUUCUCUCCUUACAAACUGCAUUGAUACUUCUUGAAAAGAGGGAGGGGAGCGGAGGCCGCAGAUUGGGCCUAUCUGGGGGAAUUUGAUUUUGUUCCAGACCACAGUUAUGAGUGGGAGGGCCACAAUGAGGAGCGGGAGGAGGGGAGGUACGGACGGGUGAAGCAUAGAGGAAAUGGGUGUAGAGUACUCCUCCUAUGCCGCUACACAUUCCAACUCUCCUCGAAAAGAGCACAGAAGGAGGAUUAACAUCACCUCUUGGGACAAAACUCCAAAGCAUACCGGCAAACUGCAACUUCAGCCAUGGUGUUUCUCCUCAUAUCCUUGACCGUGCUGCAUCUUGUCACUUUGUCCAUGCUCCUCGUGGCUACGCUGGAGAAGUCCUGGUGGGUCUGGGACAAUUCAGAAAUCAGCGACCUGUGGUACAACUGUUUCCAUGACAAUGCCUCAGAUACGUGGCUGUGCGCCGCCACCAAUGAAAGUGACUGGCUGCAGUCGGUGCAAGCGCUCAUGGUGCUGUCCGUGGUCUUCUCGUCCAUCUCCUUGUUGGUGUUUGCGGCUCAACUCUUCACCAUGUCCAAAGGUGGGCUCUUCUACUUGACGGGACUCUGUCAGGCCUUUGCAGGCCUCACCGACUUUGCAGCGUGCCUCAUCUUCACCUUUCACAGAAAGGAGAUUCUUAACGACUCCAGAGAUCUGGGCAAAGGUCGCUUCGGUUAUUGCUUCAUCCUGGCGUGGCUGUGCGUCCCCCUCCUGCUGAUCAGUGGCGUCCUGUAUGGACACCUGCGAAAGAAGGAAUGAAAACACACAACUUUAACAUUUGUGGGAAUCAGAAGGACUGAAAGGGCCAUGUUGUCGUACCCUGUGAAAAUCUGUAAGAAAAAAAUGCAAGCUGUGCACACAUGAAGGAAAACGCCAGUAAAUCUAUGCAUACUGCACAUUGCUUGCUGUAUUUUGCAUCAAAUUCUGCGAGUAACUUACUCCAGAGGGGAUUCUUUGAAUUUAAAAAAAUCUUUGACACCUCAAAAGUUUCAAACAUCAAAUGUCUUUUCCAGUGAAACAGUAUCAAGGAAUAUCACGGACAAACUGGAACUAAGCAAAAUAAGAAGUACACAAAAGGAUAUCUUUUUUUAAUUGUUUUAAAUUGCAAGAUUACAUUUGUUCUGUUUUUUUUAAAGGAAACAA